AUGGAGACGCCGUUUCCCAGUGAAGCGGUGCCAAUACUCCCUUCUUCGUUGGAGCAUGUAGAAAUGAGCGCUGAUGUCGUUUCCAAAGGCAUUCGUGAAUUAGAUCCGAACUCCUCGCCGAGUCCUGAUGGGUUGCAUCCGCUGUUUCCCAAGACUGUGGUCGAUUACAUUGCCGCUCCUGUUUGCCGGCAUGGUUUUCGGAGGUCACGGUCAUGGUUUUCGAAUCUGCUUGUGGCCCGUGAAAGAUGGGCGAAAUCAUUAGACGCUGGGAAGCGUCUGGAUGUUAUUUUUGUCGACUUCAGCAAGGCCUUUAACAAGGUUCCUCAUGAAAGGCUCCUUCACAAACUACGAUUAAUCGGUGUUUCUUGGAACGUUCUCUCUUGGAUCGCUGAUUUUUUGGAUGACCAGACAAUGCGAGUCGACGUGAACGAGACUUACUCCGUUCCUGUGCUCAUGACUAGCGGUGUCCCACAGGGAUCGGUCCUGGGCCCAGAACCUUUCAAGAUCACUGGAUCAUUGGAUGACAGAGAGCAGAAGGAAAUUCCUUUGUCAGCUCCGUCACUUCCUAAUCGUUUCGGUGAUAGCCUGGAUCACUGCGGAACAAGGUCCCACAGAGAACCACUGAAGCUGCAUUGA